AUGGAUCUAAGGUUAAAACUCUACUCACGACGGUCAAAUGAACUUAGCGUUGAAGAGAACUGUUUACUGUGGGGAAAACGUGUGAUAAUACCGCAAAAAUUACAGUCGAGAUUUCUAGCAGAUCUUCAUGAAAACCACCUAGGUUCAAAUCGAAUGAAAGCAUUAGCUAGAUCGUAUAUCUGGUGGCCGAGUUUGGACAUGACGUUGGAAGAAUUGUGCAAGAAAUAUGAAAUUUGCCAAAGUCAGAGGAAUAAACGGCCUGCUGGUAUUCCUCAUCCAUGGAUGUAUCCCACAGCACCUUACGAGAGAGUUCACGCAGAUUUCGCAGAGUUGGAAGGUCAACAUUAUCUUAUUAUGAUUGACGCUUAUUCAAAAUUGGAAGUGCAUGAAAUGGGCACUAGUACAACGGCUAGUAGGACAAUUGAGGUGAUGAGACGAGUUUUCAGUUUUCAUGGCAUUCCAAGACGAUUGGUGACUGAUAAUGGUCCACAAUUCAGGUCAGUAGAAUUUCAGGAGUUCAUGAAAGGAAAUGGUGUCAACCACAAACUCACUCCCCAUAUCACCCAUCGAGCAAUGGACAAGCAGAACGAGCAACGACCUAAAGGACGUAUUAUUUGA